AUGAGAUCAGAUUCCUCAUAAUUAGCUGACGUUGUCUUUAAGGCGUAAUAAGUUCAAGAGCACUGGCAGUUGUUCGAAACAUUCAUUGUUCAUCCCCGGAAUCUACAAGUCCAUCAACGACAACAACUUCACCGGUUCAGAGGAGAUCUCACAACCAGAUUGGACAAGAUGGGGCAAGGUGAUGGACUAGAAUUCAAAAAGCUUGGCAUGUGUGGCACGGGGAGCAUGGGCGGGAUGAUGUCUCUACUAUACGCCGAGCAUGGCGUUGAGGUAUUCUAUUAUGAUCCUAGCGACGAGAACGUCAAGAAACUACAGCAAGAAGCCACAGAUACUGGUCUGGACAAAAGCAUACACGCUCAGAAAGACUACAAGGAGAUGUGUGAGAGCCUGGCAUCCGGCAACGAACCAAAGCUCUUCGUCUUCAGCAUUCCACACGGUGGCGCUGGUGACGCUGUGCUCAAGGACCUCCGGCCACAUCUGCAAAAGGGCGACAUCAUCCUCGACUGCUCGAACGAGUACUGGAAAUUUACCGAGCGACGACAACGCGAACUCGAGCCCGAUGGCAUCCACUAUAUCGGCUGCGGUGUGAGCGGCGGCUACCAGAGCGCAAGACACGGUCCGUCCAUGUCCCCUGGCGGUGACGCAGAAACCCUCAAGAAAGUCAUGCCCUUUUUGCAACGAGUCGCUGCCAAAGACAAGCAGGGUCGAGCAUGUACCACACCUAUCGGGCCUCACGGAAGUGGACACUACGUCAAGAUGAUCCACAACGGUAUCGAGCAGGGCAUGAUGUCAGCCAUUGCUGAGGUCUGGUUCAUCAUGAACAAAUGCCUAAAGAUGAAGUACGAGAAGAUCGCCGACGUCUUUGAGUCAUGGAAUAAAGAUGGACCUCUACGUGAUAACUUUCUCGUCUCCAUUGGCGCGGAUAUCAACCGCACGAAGAAAGACGAUGGUAGCUUCGUCCUCUCCGAAGUACGUGACAAAGUCGUCCAGGACGCAGAUGACUCCGAGGGAACGGGAAUCUGGACCAACGAAGAAGCCAUCCGACUUCACGUCCCUGCCCCGACAAUCGCGUCAGCACACAUGUUCCGCUGCGGCUCCGCCGACGCCGCGAGCCGUCUGGCAGUCAACAAGGUAUUCAACGACGGCGUCAAGCCAGCCAUAAUCAAACUGGAAGUCCCGCAUGAAAAGGCCCUACCCGCGUUCAUCGAGGAGUUGAGACUCGCGCUGUACGCCGCGUUCAUGUGUUCCUUCAUCCAGGGCCUGCACAUUCUCAAGAAGAUGGACCGCCAGGAGAAGUGGAAUCUGGACUACCGCAAGAUCCUGCAGAUCUGGCGUGGCGGCUGUAUCAUCCAGUCCGAUCACAUCUCCGACGUCUUGGACAGUGUGCACGCUAGAGAGGACCACGACGACGACAACCUCCUUGCCAACCGUGAGAUCGCAGAGGAACUGGGCAACUCGUUCUCCUCGCUCAAGAACGUCGUCCUCAAGAGUGUCGAGGCAGAUGCUUAUGUGCCUUCCCUGAGCGCGACGUUGGAGUAUUACAAGUAUUCCAGCUCAACGGUGUUGCCGACGCAGUUCAUGGAAGCGGAGCUGGAUUACUUUGGCUCGCACAACUACGAGAAGUGGGAGGAAGGACCAGGCAAGCCGGUCAAGGGCCCGCAUCAUUAUGAGUGGAAGGCUGCGAAGGGACUGGUGGAUGAGAAGAAGAAGGAGAAUAAGCUUUGAAGGCUGUUCCGCAGUGACUCUUUCUCUUCUUCACGUAGAUGUGGAUGCUCUAAAUUAAAUUCUACUUAAGUCAAGGGAGGUCUAGUCGAGCUUCCGGAGAUGACGGAGCUUCGUCUAUUCAG